AUGACAUCGCCAAAGGCAAAAUUGAAACCAAAGGGUAAAGCUCCAGCUUCAAUCUCUCAUCUUGCAGCUGAACCAAUCGGUGCUUCUUCUUCAACACCUACAGGAACAAUGUCAUCAACCAAUAAAUCAACCAAAAUAAAGCUUCAGUUCAAGGACAAGAACUUUGCCUUGCGUAACCCUUCCGAAGGUGCACCAGUCGGUGCUUCUUCGUCUACACCGACAGGAAUAAUGUCAUCAACCAAUAAAUCAACCAAAAUCAAGCCUCAGAUCAAGAACACUACCUCUCGCCCUUCUUUGACAGGGGUACCAAAAGAUCGGCGUGUCCAAGAGCGUAAUCCGUCUAGAUCUUAUAAAACCCAAACGGAGACACUAAUGAAAACGGAGCUCCAGGCUCACGAGAACGAGUCUGCUGCCUCAAAAACUUCUGAUGGAUAUGCAGCCCACGACAAUUCUUCUCCUUCUACUGUGGUUCAUACAGACGAAAUACCAGUAGAAGUACCAUCGUUGGAAAACCCCUUGGAGCUGCUUCCCCUCGCCAAGCUUAGAUCACGGGCCGAAGCUGCAACAGCCAAGGCUUCUCCUUCGGUCCAAACAGGAAAAACGCCAUCAACAAAGCCAUCGAAGGUAGUAAUCUUGAAGCUCCCCCCCGCCAAGCUUGCUGCACUUUCCACUUCUACACAAGCUGUACCGAGUGGACCUUCUUCGAAGGUCACCUCUUCUUCCUCAAACCUUGCUUCCUCUACAAUCGAGGCACCUCCUCUGCCCAUCGCCGCCGAUCCAAACGUUACUUAUUCAAGUAGGGGAAGAAUGAUAAUCAAGUCGCAGAAGGCAAGAGAACAGGGUUCCGGAAACAAUGCAGUCGCGCAGAGUUCAGUCGCACAGAGUUCAGUCGCCCAGAAUUCAGUCGCCCAGAAUGCAGGGCAAAAGCGAAAGGCUAAUGAAGCUGCUACCUCCUCGAAGAAGCGAGUUAAGUUCGCGGAUACCGAAGACCACGAGUCGGCAGACACCACUCCAACACACAGGGUUACGGUGGCUCGACGAACAAUUAUCAAGAUUGGAACACGCUCUCCACUUCUACGAAGCAAGGCUCGAGCGGAAGCAGUACUUGAAGCAUUGAAAGAAGCUCGAAGCCGGGCUCAUUUGUUAGCAUGGCAAGAAGAGGAAGAAGAAAGGAACCGUCAUGCAAGAGCAAAGAUGGGAAAUCUUGUCCGGGACUGGUUGGCUCUCGAGGCACAGAGAGAUCUCGAAGCCGAACAAGCAAAUACGGGAGCUCUUUAG